GGUCAGGAAGGUUCCAGAACGCCCGUCGCAGGCCAGGCCAGAGAGGGAUGGCAGCAGCCCACAGGUGGCCAUGGCUGCCCUCCGCAGGCUUGGGUUGCUGGCCUGGGUGCUGCUCAGCGGGCCCCUGGCAAGGGUCGGGGGGGGAGAUGCCACAGGGGUGGCCUGUGAGCAGCAGCUGCGGUUCCGGGAGAGGGGGGCGGGGGGCGCCUCGGAGCCGGGCGAGGCCUGGGGCCCCACAGUGGCCUUGCUCAGCAGCGCCUGUGCCGCCUGGGUCUUCGUCUUCUACGCCCUCCGUUGCCUGUGCGAGGCCAAGAGGUCCUGCGCCCAGCAGGGCUGCGCCGAGGACGGAAAGAGCGGUGCUGCCACGUGGGGGUCCCAGGCAACGGCUUGCAGCCAGCCCCGGUGUGGCUCCCGGGCCGCCCCCGAAUGCAGACAGGCCCAGCAAGUCUACGCCCGCCAGCUGGCCCGCAUGGAGCAGGAGCUGAAGGGCUUCCUGUGCGAGGUGCAGAGUCGGCGGCUGACCCUGCAGGCCAUCCUGGGGGAGGAGGAGCGCCCCGAAGGCUGCCGCUGGGACGCCGACAAGCUGCGCAUCACCGUCUACGAAACGGCGGACUGCGAGGGGCCCGGCGGCGGGGCCCGGGCCAGAGGACAGAAGCGGCAGCUCAAGUAGAGCCCCAGAGCCGGCCUGUGUGUCUGCGUAUGCCUGCGUGGGGAGCGGGAGGGGAAGGGGCGCCGAAUCCCAGGCUGGCCGCAGCGGGCUCAGGGGCAGGAGCCGCGUGGCUGGAGCGCCUCCCGGGGGGCAGCCAUUAAAAGCGCUCCCUUCCAGUCAGCUCCUCCGUGUGGUUUCACCCUUCAAAAGCCAACUGGAGGCGCAGCUCCCCCAGAACCGUCUCACGCUCACGGGCAAGGCGGACGUAAGCCCAGGCGAGGGUAUCCAGCCUGUGGGGACUGCCCCUCUCCCCCCCCCACUU